CCCUGGGCUCCCAGCGGCGGGAUGGAGGCGGGACGGAGCACGGCGACCGCGGGGAAGCGGGACGCGGGCGGCAUGGAGGACGAGGAGGAGGAGGAGGAGGAGAUCACCGCUGCCUCGCUGCGGGUAAGGCCCCGGCCGCUGCCCCUGUCGGCGCUGUCCGCCUUCAGCUACGUCCCGCCGCGGCGCCAGGACCCCAAGGAGCACAGCUACUUCAACCGCCAGAGCCAGACAGGAAUCAUUUCCCUCUAUGACUGUAUUUUUAAGAGGGACCUAGGAUAUAAUCAGAAAUUGCACCGAGAUGACAGAGAACAUGCGAAGAGCCUGGGACUUCAUGUUAACGAGGAGGAGCAGGAGAGGCCCGUCGGGGUGCUGAUGUCAUCUGUCUACGGCAAGCGCAUCCACCAGCCAGUGGAGCCUCUGAACUUGGAGCAUGGCCGUGCCAACCAUUUGAAGGCCGACUUCUAUAGGAAGAAUGAGAUCCCCAGCUUCAAGGAUCCUGGCUUUGGGUACAUUUCUCCAGUGUGACAGUUCUCCUGUGAAAUUAUUUCAGAUGAAAUGAUGCUGAGUACUGACCCACUGGGAGCACCUGAAUAAAAUGAAAACUUGGUUCUUA